UAACAUUUCAGAAGGUCAGCUGAUCAUUUACUACACACAGGAGUGACGAGCGUAGAUCUGCAUGACACGGAAAUAUUCGACGCUGUGACCGGCUUUAUUAGAUCCACAUAGCAACCUUACCCUGAAAUAUGGCAGACAAUAACCAGGCAAACCCUCCUCCCCAGCUGGGGUUUGUGCAAUUCUUAAUGAGCAGUAAGCUGGAAACAGCGAUGUGGCUUUCCCGUCUCUUCACAGUCUACUGCUCUGUAAUGUUUAUUCUGCCAAUUCUGGGGCCUCAAGCAGCAGCACACUUUUAUCAAAGAGCCUUGUUAGCUAAUGCCCUCACCAGCGCCCUCCGUUUACACCAGAGACUUCCACGCUUUCAGCUCAGCAGAGCGUUUUUGGCCCAAGCUCUGCAAGAGGACAGCUGUCAUUACCUGCUGUACUCUCUGAUCCUGGUCAACUCUUACCCCAUUACAAUGAGCAUCUUCCCAGUUUUCUUGUUUUCUUUACUUCAUGCAACCACCUACACAAAGAAAGUUCUUGAUUCUAUGGGUCCAGGCAGCCUGAUGUUCAUCAGAAACCUCCUCGACCGACUAACGGCCAACCAGCAGAACAUCCUGAAGUUUAUUGCUUGCAAUGAAAUCUUCUUAAUGCCGGCUACUGUUUUCAUGCUCUUCAGUGGUCAGGGAAGCUUGUUGCUGCCUUUUAUCUACUACCGCUUCCUCACGCUGCGCUACACAUCCAGAAGAAACCCAUACUGCCGCACCUUGUUCACUGAGCUACGAAUUCUUCUGGAGCACUUCAUCAUGAAACCUUCUUGUCCCGCUUUUUUGAGGAGGAUGUGCCUCAGCAGCAUCGCCUUCAUCAGCCGCCUCGCUCCCACAGGGGUCUAAUUAGACUACGCAGAUGUUGUUCCAUUUUAGUUUUUCUGCCAUUUGCGAUGUGACUUAAAAUUAUGAAGGGGGCAGACAUUGCCAUCAGUGGAAGAAACCUUUUUUUGAAUGUCAACUUUACUGUCUGACCUCCCUUUUGUACCUGUACAUUGAAGACAGGCCUGUAAAGCACUGAAAUUUGAUAGUGAUAUUUCUGUUUUUGUUGGCUGAUCAGAGCACAGCAGAUAUCAGCUGCACUCUGCAUGUUUUGGCAGGUUUUUCUUUCAUGUCAUUAUUUAUUCAUAAAAAUGUUUAUUCUGUGAUGGAAAAAUAACAUUCUAAGAUUAUAGAGACUUGAAGCAUGAAUAUGUUUUUAUUAAAGAAAUGUUUUUUGGUUU